CCCAAAUUCCCAAAAUCCUAACCCUAAUUCCUCUUCUCAAGUCUCAAGCUUUCAAUGGCUCGUACCAAGCAGACCGCCCGCAAAUCCACCGGAGGCAAAGCGCCGAGGAAGCAGCUGGCCACCAAGGCUGCCCGGAAGUCGGCCCCGGCGACCGGAGGAGUGAAGAAGCCUCACCGUUUCAGGCCGGGCACGGUGGCGCUGAGGGAGAUCAGGAAGUACCAGAAGAGCACUGAGCUUCUGAUCCGCAAGCUUCCGUUCCAGAGGCUUGUGAGGGAGAUCGCUCAGGAUUUCAAGACUGAUCUCCGGUUCCAGAGCAGCGCCGUGGCGGCGCUUCAGGAGGCGGCGGAGGCGUAUCUCGUUGGACUUUUCGAGGACACGAAUCUUUGUGCUAUUCAUGCUAAGAGGGUUACGAUUAUGCCCAAGGAUAUCCAGCUUGCUCGGAGAAUCAGAGGCGAGAGGGCUUAGGGAAAUUGAGAUCGAUUUGCUGUGCUUUGGUGUCUUAGAAUUUGAAUUAGAUUUGAAUUUGGUUUAGAAACGGUUGUGAUGAAUUGCGAAAGUUGUUUCGGUUGUAUAUCCUGUUAAGUUCUUUUGAGAAUUUGAUGAAAUGAAAUGUUGCACUCUAUGUGUUUGUGAAAA